AUGUUGCAGAACUGCAAACCAUGCUUUCGAUCACUCCUCCGACGAAGACCGCAGCCACCAUCGAUGGAAGCCGAAGCAAACAGAGGUAGUCACCCAUCCCAAUUGCACUACCGCUGGCCUUCUCUCGCGUUACAACUGUCGGCAAUGUUGUCCAGCCCAUUCGUGCACGCCAUCUCCCACGUGGCCGCCGUCAGAGCUGUAAAUCCGGCGAAUUCAGGUUUGAUUUUUUCGUUUCGGAAAGAGAGCAGGGAGACAGUGGUGUAUCUGAUGAACUCCAGGAUAACAUAUGUGUUUGUUCCUUUUUUAUUUUGA